AGUCCCAUCAGUGGCAGACUGUCAGCAGGGAAGCAGGACAUCAGCAGGAGCUGGGGAGCAAAUAUCUCUGUCACUGGGUCCGACUAAGAAUAGUUCUAAUGGCCUCGUUCUGGCUUUGACAAAAUGCCUGAGAACGACGGAGGCGACGGAAGCAUUGUGCAUUCAUGCAUUUUACAAUAUGACUGCAGUCAUGACGACUACAUUUAUUAAGUCACACUGACAAUGAGGCACAUUAGUCAUCAGUCAUCUCUGCCUUCUACUGUAUUAUUUCCUUCUGUGGAGUCAGUUGCAGCGUAUGUGUUUAUGGUGAGUGAAGGAGAAGCAUCCAGCAAAUUAAACAGUGGUUUUUCCACACAUCGUUCCCUCUUUUUCUUACUUGCAGUAAGUUUUUAAUUUUAAAAUUUAAAUUCGGAGUCACAGCAAAAAACAGACAGAAAAGAAUGGAUGAACCAUGAAAACCUUUCCUUUACUACGAUUCACGACCCCUGUUUCCCACUCGCGUGUCAGGGAUUCUGAGCUGCCAAUCACGCGGCUGAUUGGCCACGCCUCCUUUGUAAUUGCUCACCUGGGACUUCCUGAGUCCUAAAAACUAACAUGUGCUGCUGUGCAGAGACGUGUGGCCCUUGUUUAAGGUCGACUUUUUCCAAAUCUGUUAAUCGAGUGCUGUUACGAUUCUCAGGACUGUCUUCUCUUAUUGUUUUGCAGGACUUCAGUUACUUGACAUUUUGCCAAAGUUAAGGGAGCAGGAGGAUGAAGACUUGAUCAUCCAAUGUGAAGCCUUUGAAGAAGCGAUGGCUGAGGAUGAAGAGGAGCUGCUCAAACUGUACGGAGGCAUCGACAUGAGCAAUCACCUGGACGUCUUCAGCGCGCUCUUCAACAAGGUGAGCAGCUACCCGGCCUCCCUCCAGCUGCUGUCCAUCCUGCAGACGCUGCUGAUUCUGGGCCCCAACCGCUCCGACAUCUGGCUGGCUCUGGAGACCAUCACCAACAGGGCCAUUCUGCUGGCACAGGACACUCAGAUGGAGUCGUGUGAGCGGAUCAUGCAGCGGCUGCUGUUCUCCAAGGGCCGGAGCUGUGAGGUGGACGGGCAGCGACGGAAGGUGGAUAAGUCUGUGCAGACCCGGCUGGAUCAACUGGACAACGAGGAGGCGGAGCCUGUGUCCUGUCAGAAGCCCCUGUGUGCCUCCCCUCCCCCUCCCCCUCCUCCACCGCCGCCUGGCAUGCUGGGGGGUCCUCCCCCACCUCCCCCUUUGCCUGGAAUUCCUCCCCCUCCGCCCCUUCCCGGUGGCCCAGGUGUGCCUCCUCCCCCUCCGCCCCUUCCCGGUGGCCCAGGUGUGCCUCCUCCACCUCCGCCCCUGCCCGGGGUGGGCGGGGGGCCUCCACCGCCUCCUCCCUUACCCGGCAUGCCGCCUCCGCCUCCCCCUCCGCCAGGCAUGAUAGUGGCUCAGAGCAGCCAGACCCUCGGGUGCGGCGCACCCUCCAAGGCGAGCCGGUGUCCCACCCUGCGGAUGAAGAAGCUCAACUGGCAGAAACUCCGAGCCGUCACAGAUGGUCAGUCCAUGUGGGCCUCGGUGCAGAAGGAGCCGCCUCCUCGGGAGCCGGACUACAGCAGCAUCGAGCAGCUGUUCUGUCUGCCGGUGACGGAGCCCAAAGACAAGGGGGCAGCUGCUCCUGUCAAGAAGGAGCCUAAAGAGAUUACCUUUAUUGAUCCAAAGAAGAACCUGAAUGUGAAUAUAUUCUUGAAGCAGUUCAAAUGCACGAAUGAGGACUUCGUGGCCAUGAUCCAGAGCGGAGACCGCAGCCGCUUCGACGUGGAGGUGCUGAAACAGCUUCUGAAGCUGCUGCCGGAGAAGCACGAGAUCGAAAAUCUCAAGUCCUUCCAAGGGGAGAAGGUCAAGCUGGCCAACGUUGACCGCUUCUACACCUCCCUGCUGUCUGUGCCAUGUUACCAGCUGAGGAUCGAGUGCAUGUUGUUGUGCGAGGAGUCGUCAUCGGUGCUGGACAUGCUCAGGCCCAAGGUGGCGCUGGUAGAGGAGGCCUGUCAGUCUCUCAGGACCAGCUCGCUGCUGCCCAGCUUCUGCAGGCUCAUUCUCGACGUGGGGAACUUCCUCAACUACGGGAGUCACACGGGGAACGCAGAGGGCUUCAGGAUCAGCUCCCUGCUGAAGCUUACCGAGACCAAGGCCAACAAGAGCCGCAUCACGCUGCUCCAUCACAUCCUGGAGGAAGCGGAGGCGAAUCACACCGAGCUGCUGGUGCUGCCAGACGACAUCGAGAUCUGUGAGAAAGCUGCGGGAGUUAAUCUGGACUCUGUUCAGUCGGAGGCCAGCGCUUUGCUGAAGCGGCUCAACGACACGUCCAGGAAGGUGUCCGGCUCUGUGGCUGAGGUGAAGGAGCAGUACACAGAGGUGCUGGAGGAAUGUUUGGAGGCGUGUAAAGCUUUAACCGAAAGGUUCGCUGAGAUCGAGAAGAAGAGGAGUGAGCUGGCUGUCUAUUUAUGUGAAGACGCUAAUCAGCUGUCGCUGCAGGAACUCUUUGGAACCAUCGGGACUUUCCGACAACUUUUCAUCAAGUCACUGAAGGAAAACAAAACCAGGAAAGAGCAGGCGGCCAAAGCUGAGAAGAGAAAGCAGCAGCUGGCAGAGGAAGAGUCCAAGAGACAGAAGGGAGAGAAUGGGAAAAUCAUCAAGAAAGGCAUCGUCCCUCAGAACGAUGGCUGCAUCAUUGAACACCUCCUGGCAGAUAUCAGGAAAGGUUUCAGCCUGAGAAAGACCAGGCCCAGGUGCGAUUCGGAAAGCCUCCCUUCUAGUGAAAUGCGUAGGGAUAUCUGCCCGCCUGGUUCAAGUGUCAAGUCUGUAAGCGACGAAGCCGCAGGAGCAGCCACGCUCUCAACUCCCACCAAGCGUCAGACGCAGGGUCAUCAGGCCUCCACAGGCGAAGUGAACGGAUUCAUCAGCCCGUCAGACAAGGCUCCGCCCGCUCAGGCAGCUCCGCCUCCCAGCACACCCCCAGAAGAAGCGCCCCCGGAACGGCCUGCGUCGCUGCAGGUGGGGCGACACCUGGAGAAACCUGCGACGGCUCAGCCUGAGGCCGACGGGGGGCGUCUCCCCACGGACGGCUUCUCGCAGGACUCAACGGAGACCAGCGUCUUCAGCCCCUCCUCCCUCUCGGAUUGCGAGCUGCUGGAGGCGUCUCCCGGGCUGGCGCCCGAAAAGCCCUCAGAUGUCACUGUUAAUGUUCAGAUCACAGAAAAUCCUGUACCCAAUAAAGACAUGCAUGCGACACAGACUGAAGAAAGUCAUUUAGUAGACGAGACGAGUAGGAACGCAAGUCUCCUAGAGGAGACUGCAGGACGAGACGAGGGCUGCGAGGAGCCGCCACACGUUAGAGCCACCUCCGGCCCCGAUGAGGUGGUGCCUGAGUACCGGUCGGACCCUGGGAGCCUUGUGAGCGCGCUCAGUGAGGGCGUCGAAGGGUGGGACGUGACCGACGGAAGCAAAGUAGAGGACCCGCCGUCGGUCUCCAACCAACCAAAGAAGCGGCAGUCUCUCUUUAAACGGAACAAAAAGAAGAGUAACCAAGGUAAUCCAGCCCUUAAGCUCAGUAACGCCGGCCUGCUGCCGCGUCUUAGAGGCAAAGCCCUGCUUGUUGUAUUGCAUUUUGCUUUUUAUCUUUUAUGUACGAGCUACUUUAGUUUAUGUUGGUGACUAUGUUGCAUGCUCAUGAGCUUUUAUUAAAGAGUGCGGCUGCGCUGCGCGGCCCUUGAUUUGCA